AUGGCUCCCACUAAAGGCUCCUCCAAGGGGUCCUCCAAGGGUCCCUCUGUUGGAGGCGCAAAGGGCGCCAAAUCUUCCGGCCUUGGGUCUGCUGCCACGCGCGUCAGCAAAUCGAGCAAAAAAGAUGGACCCAAGCGUCCCCCACCCAAGGAAGUGAAAUCCAAGCCCCGGACCGUGCAAGAGAACCUGAAGAAAAAGAAGAAGAGAGUGUAUACCGAGAAGGAGUUGGAUUUGCCUGUAUUGAACCAAAUCACACCUGUCGGAGUGGUCAAGCCCAAGGGCAAGAAGAAGGGAAAGACUUUUGUCGACGACCAGGAGGGCAUGUUGACGAUUCUCGCUAUGGUGAACGCCGAAAAGGAAGGACAGAUCGAGUCGAAGAUCAUGAAGGCACGCCAAUUAGAAGAGAUCCACGAGGCUAAGAGGAACGAGGCCGAAGCGCGCAUGAAGGAGAGGAAGAACAAGCUCGAGGGCGUCAAGGAUUCCCUGCGGAAAAAGAAGAAGGGCGGAAACAAGGAGUCUGAGUCGACGAGUAUCAAGGAGACUAUGAAGCCGUCGAGAGGAAAGAAAAAGACGGUUGCAUUUGCUUGA